UGCUACCUUAUUAGCUUCAGCUUUAAAUUAUGAUAUCAGAUAUCUCUUUUGCCUUGGUAACAUAAUUUCAAGUAUAUAAGCACAUUUUCAAAUACUCCAAUUUUGUUGAUUACGUGAGCUUGCAGAGUCUCCGGUGCCAAUGUCAAGUCCGCAAAAUCGGCGUCGUAGGAAACAUACAGACUGCAUCAGUAUACUACCAGACACAGUUCUCUGUCUUGUUUUAUCUUUUCUCUCUACAAAGUCUGUUGUUAAAACCAGCAUAUUGUCAAAAAGAUGGCGGUAUAUAUGGAUGAAAGUUCCCGCUCUUGACUUCACUGACACUGAUAAGCCUGAUUAUUACAAACACAGACAGCUCAGUUUGGAGCAAACAAUAUGUUUCAAGAGUUUUGUGGAUAAAGUUCUCCUUCACAACAAUGUAUCCUAUGUACAACGUUUUUGUUUAAAUCUCCACGAUGUUGAUGAGAUUUAUGUCAAUUCAUGGCUGACUGCUGCAGCAAGCCGUAAAAUUCACGAGCUUAGUAUCAGCCUUACCAGGCUUCUUUCAGGUGAGAAGCUCAGGGUUUUAAAACUAGAAGGAAAGAUAAUUAUGAGUACCUUGAUGUUUGCGCAUUUACCAAACCUUGAGACCAUCGAGCUUCAGUACGUAAAGUUUCCUGAUGAUGGAUUCAUGAAGAGGCUGCUGUCUAGUUGCCUUGUUCUCAAAGAACUUCACAUUAUUGGAUGUGAUGGCAUACCCGAAAACCUUUACAUAGAGUCAUCGACCCUGAAGUCAAUGAAAAUAAAAUGGUGUUGCGAUGGUUCGACAUGUUUUCACGUUAAGACACCAAACCUUAGAUACCUUUCUCUUCAUGGUACACUGUCACAGUUUAACAUUGGGGAUAUGUGUUCACUCAUUGAAGCAGAUCUGAACGUAUCUUUUGAGGAUGAGGUUAAUUGUCAACGACAAGCAGAACAGCUUUUAAGGAAAGUUUCCGGGGUAAAAUCUUUGCACUUAGGCCAUAAGUUUUUGCAGGCCAAUAUAAACGCAGAAAAGCUACCUUUAUUUCAAAAUUUGACCUUUUUGGAAUGUGAAGCUGAUGCGGAUAUGUGUGAGCUAUUACAAUCUGCUCCCAACUUAAAAUCUUUGGUCCUUUUUGAUGUUGAUUAUGGCUAUGUUUUUGAUACUGCAUUCGCACCCAAGCAUUUGCCAUGCCUGGAAACUGUUAAAAUUAUUCUCCCCUUUGAUGAUGAUGAAGAAGUCAGGCUUGUAGCUUAUUUUUUGAAGGCUGCAUCGGCUUUGAAGGAGAUGGAAAUUAAAAUCUCUUACUCUAGUCGAGAUUGCGAGAUAGAUUUUUAUAAGAAGUUAUUGAGUCUUCCUAGAUCAUCAGCUGUGUGUCAAGUUAAUGUAGUUUAAUCUUGCUGAGAAUUGAUAUGCCAUAACCAGAAACCUUAACUGCUCUGGCAUUUAUUUCUCUGAUCUUGGUAGAUAUAGAUGGGAUAACAUAAAACAAUGUUGAACAUUUCAUAGGUGGUUCUUAACAUUUUGGCUCAUGAAUCACCCCUAUAAUUGUCUCGCAGGUUUUGGGGAAAAAAGUUGCGUCUUUUCUUGUAUUGUAAAUUUGUAAUGCUCAUUUACUAUCGUAAUCACUUCUUAUGGCAAAUUUUAGGUGUUUCUGUGCUGCGGCAUGGUUUUUUUGGCAAUUCGAAUGGCUGGGUUGUUCAUUGUGUUUGA